UUUGAAUUUCGAAAUUUUCCGUUUGCAACGUGCAAGAAUGGACGUGCGCCUGAACGUGGUGAGCACCAUCUGUUGGGAAAUAAUCGAUCAAAAAACCGUGCAUUUGCCCUCUGAACCGUUCCCGCCCUUUAAACUGCUACUGGACGCGAUGUACGACUUUUGUCCGGCGAUUCUGGACCGCCCUUUCAAUCUGUACUGGAAAUACUCAAAUGUCGGCUACUUGGAAGUGGCCGACUAUUUGUCGAUGGCCGCCUUUCUUAAUCUAGCCGGCUCUUACGAGCUGUUUCUCCUAAUCAGGGACUGCGACACGCGCUCUGCCCACACCGCCGACUUGCUUAAAAUGCUCGACUUACAAGAGCUGAAACGGAUCAAGGAGGCGCAAAGGACCAAGUACGACCUGAAAUCCGAAGGUGGCUUUGCCGAUGCCCUAGAAGAGCAGAUCCAACAAUGUCAGCAGCUCCUGGACUCAUCCAGCGCUGUGUUGACUGAAAGUGAUGCGCACAAUGACAAAGACAUUAUCCAGUUCGCCUUGAGGAGCAUGCCGAUGGGAAGAUGUUACAUUGCGGACUUUUGCUCCGUCUAUAGUUUGGUGGACUGUGUGCGAAAAGCAAUGAAAGGCCGGAUAAUCAACUGUUCACCCCAUCAGGACAUUUACUAUCUGGAGACCCAUGCGAAAACCGAGGAAAGCAAUUUGGAAAACCUAUUCGUCUCACCAGCCGGCAGAGAAAUGCUGAAAUACAAACCGAACACGAAAUUAAAACAGAAAAUGAAUACAAAUUUAGAGUUUCGUACCACCAUAGAAAACCGAUCUAGACAAUCAACGUUAUCGAGCGAGAGCAAUAAAGCGUCGACAUCGAGUGUGCCGCCACUGUCCUCAAGCCCGUCCACGUCAUCGACAGCUGACAGCGACAAGAAUGACGGCAUGGAUUUGUACGAAGAAGCCGCAGCCAUCUUAGGACUGACUUGCUCAGAGACUGACAAUUGUAGAUGUCUAGAGUGUCAGUGUCAUUACUUCGAUUUCGAGGAGGAAAUUGAUUUCCCGACCGCGGGAAAUGAGUAUGGCCAGCUGCUGAGCGUAGAUCAAACCUCGUCGUGCUCCAUCCAAUAGCGACCCGAGAUGAGAUGAUGCGAUUACUUGGUCUAAAGUAGUUUUUGAUAUUCGAAAGGGGACAGGACGGUUUUGCUGGGAAACGUUUUUUUUUUUAACUUAACUAACGGGUGAAGGCCAUUUUCUCGUUCUAUGAAUUGGUUCAGUUGAUCAAAAAAGCCUAUUUUUGCCCAUGCUUUAAGAAAAGAAGAAACAAAGAGCUGAAACCUUUAGCAACUUGUCAACACUUUCCUGUCGCCUUUAGGUCUAUUUGAAGAAAGCCGUUGCAAUACUAGAGACGAAUUUCAGUAAUUAAGCGCCACCGAACAACACGGUUUAUCUCUAGCAACGGCAACUGCUUGCUUCAAAGUUGUAAAAACAACGCUAAAUUCUAAAGUGAUUAUAUGUAUAAUAAUAUACCUACGUGGUAAGCAUAAGCUGCACAGGAGGUUUCUCAGUCCUAAGCAAAGGGGCGUACCUAACUUUUAUGUACAGGAAUUAAAGAGAAUGUAGGUAUAUUUACCGAGUAAAUUAAUUCAUUCACUCUCUGAUAAGAUGAUUUUGAAACUGUGUUAAAGUGCAACUGAUUUUGUGACUUUCCCAGAACGUUUACUGCUCAAUUGAAAACUCUAAGGAUAACAUUGUUGUAAAUACGAAAUAUAUUCUAUGCUCAAAUGUA